AUGGAAAAUAAAGCUGCUGACAAAGCGAUCGGCGCUCGGGUAACAUAUCAGCCAAUCGUCUUCCGCACUAAAGAGCGAUCCCGAAAAAGCGACGGCGACGUGUAUGCUGCCAAAAAGUUUCACCACGGUAAUUGGAAGAAAGAGGUUGACAUCUUGACGGAGCUUUCACACGUGAGUGUGAUUAUUGACCUAACGAUCGAUCUCUCCUGUCAAGAUUUCAUCACCGAAGAAGAGACCCUCCAAAUUCUUUUUCAAGGACUUCAGGCUCUCGACUACCUACAUUCCCACUCUCCGCCUCUGGCGCAUCGAGACAUCAAGCCGGCAAACAUUCUCGUUCAGUCUCGAAUGCCCUUCGUUAUCAAGCUCGUCGACUUCGGAUUGGCAAAGAACGAUUCCUCCUUAAAAACCUUCUGCGGAUCAAAUGAAUACGCCGCUCCCGAGAUUUGGGGACGUCAUCAUUACACAGCUACGGUUGACAUAUGGUCACUAGGAGUGGUCGUGUUAGAAUACGCAUACGGUCUUCCUCAGCCAACGCGAGAGCGCAAGGGCAAGCCUUGGUGUCGAGAUAUUGUCCAAAAAGCCGAGGAAGGGGAAGGAGAAGGGGACACUUUGAUAGAUCUAAUCUCAACCAAGAUGCUGAGGAUAGAUUAUCGACACCGAGGAUCUGCAAGUGAUUGCUUGGGGGAAGUGUAUCGUCUAGGAUUUCACGAAAUCCAAACUGUCGACAUUGGACGUACAACACCCACAGGGAAGACGACUGGUCGAGACGGCGUCGCAAGGAGCAAGUCUGUCAUAGCGCAAACUCCAUCGGACAGGGAUGUUUCAUCAGGAUUUUACGACAUAGGAGGGACAUCUGAAUCGACUAAAAUUGCUCCCUCGAAGCGUGAUCUUCGAGACGGAAUUCAUUUUUAUAAUGGUGCAUCUCAACGAUCCCUUCAACAAGCUCAAAGAUUUACACAGAUUUGGAAUCCUCGAACUAUAGACAAUCUCACGUCAACGUUAAAUAAGCGGCAGCGGCCACAGAUGACCCAAUCUUCCACGGCCGACACUUCGGGAAGAGGACGAUCGAAACGGUCACGAGCUUUAGUCUCGUGCGAAGCAGUUGAAGAUCCUUCGAAGCCGUCAAAGCGUAAGGGACACAACCCUGCAGCACAGCCUCGUCAGAUACCGCAGCUGGACCCCAGCAAGGGACCAUUGGCGACAGACGUUGCAAGCCUCACUCAAGCUGUGGAGCCUAUCCCGAAAGUGCCCCGUAUUACGAGACAAGUCACGCGAAAAUCCACACAAAAACCGACGAGGUCUCCUUUGAGAAGGGCGUUUGCCUCAGCAGCGGAAGUGAGUCCAGGGGAGGUCGAGACGCCUUCGUCAAAGCGCAACAUUCACGACAAUGUGAGAGCAUUGCUGGCAGGGAACCUGGACGGAGGAACCCUGGACGUCGAGAACGAGGGUAAAACCAAAAAUCCCAGGGACAUUGAACAUCUCCUGCAGCUGAUGGAACAAAGUAUCAAGGUCGAGGUCCUUCCACCUAUAGCAGGUGUCGCUUCUUCAUGCUCUUGGGUUAGCUUCGAACACGGACAAAUACUCUGCAAGCAUUUCGGACUGGAGCAGAAGCUGCAGCCAUUAGUAGAUUAUAGGCUGGAAAUCCAGCGAAAUGACUACAGCGAGCCUAUGGAGUAUAUCAACAGCGUUCCCAAGCAGCAGCUUUCUGGAUUCUUCGUAACUAAUACACUUACUCAACCUGUCCUGGUGCGAAAGUCCGACUUUCGAAUCAGAGUUAGUGAUAUUUUACAAGCAUCCGGUCAGCCACACACUGAAAUAUUCGAGAUCAGGCGAGAGUUCAGAUACAAAGGUUUAUAUGUGGAUUUCUGGGUUGGGGUAGAGUUGUGUCGGAGGUACGGUCUGCGCGAGUUGGAGAGGGACUUGCGUAGCUGGAAGCCAGAAAAAGAGCCAGCAAAAGAGCCAGCAAAGAAGCCGGCAAAAGAACCAGCAAAAGAACCAGCAAAAGAACCAGAGCUUUCAGGAUUCAUUGAAAUCGCAGAUUUUCCUAGCCCUGUUAUGGUUCGAAGGUCAGACUUUAGAAUCAACGCCUCCCACAUUGCCAAACUUAGUGGCCGUUCAAGACGUACGGUAAGAGAUCUCAGAAAGUGGUUGGGUUCUGAGAAGUACACGAUCGUGCGGGGAAGUAAGAAGCAUCAAGGCACGUAUGUGGAUUUCGAUAUUGGAAUAGAGCAGUGUCGAGAAUACGGACUACCUGAGCUGGAGAAGCGAUUCCAUAGCUUGAGGCGUACUUCGGAAGGGCCGGUAUCAGAAGUAGAGCCCAGUCAUGUCGAACCCCGGCUCCCGGUAUCGGACGCAGUCUCGGCGCGGAAUGAGAGCUUUGAGUCUAGGGGUAUCUGGAACCGAGAUCCACCCCCAACAUUACCAGGAGGGUCCAUUCCCGAUGGGCCAAUCGAAGUGGAGGAUGCAGAUGAGACGGAUUCAGGCUCAGACGUAGCAGGCUCAGGGGAUAGUGUCACAUCUCGCGAACCCUGUCCGAUACAACGAAACGCUCAACCGGCACCAUCAAUCCGUUGUGCAAAGGACAUGACAUCGUCGCGCCCAUUAGGACGUGACACCAGGUCUUCUCUUCUUGAACUUGCAGACCCUCAUUCACCUUCCGCCAAAAGUGUACAAUACGAGGUUUGGGAUUCUCGGCCUCAGCUCUCGGAAUUGACAGAAGUAGAACCUCAGUUGAGGCCAUCCAGUUGGAAAACGGCCUCGCACUAUGGCAGCUUGGGUGAUCUAUUCGCACCAACAUGA